CGGGUAAGACGUCAAAAUCAUGAACAUCAAAACAAAUAGUUGAAUGACUCAUUCGUGUUUUCUGUAAAAAUAUCGGUUUCUGCAAAAUUGUGAAAUUAUUGUGUACUGGAUUUUUGAAUUCAAAGAUGUCUUUAAACACUGCGCACGCUAAUAAUGGAGUGCUAAUCCAUGCAGGAGAAGGCAUUCUGAUAUUCUGCGACAAGGUGACAAUCGAGUUCUCUGGACAGGACAGUUCGGUAUUCAAGGGUACCAAACAAGGGCGCGUCUACCUUACCACGCAUCGAAUGAUAUUUAAUAACAAACAUGCGAGUGACGAAAUGCAAUCGUUCAGUUUCCCGUUCGUUACACUAAAUGAUGUUCAAUUAGAACAACCAGUUUUUGGAGCAAACUAUAUUAAAGGCAAAGUUCGAGCCCAGGAAAAUGGGAAUUGGACUGGAGAAGCAAAAUUUAAGCUAGUCUUUAAGAAUGGAGGGGCGAUUGAUUUUGGGCAGGCCAUGCUGAGAGCAGCCGCUAUGGCUCAACGCAACGCUGGCACGGCACCUCCCCCACCGUACACACCACCAGGAGGUGGAUGGUAUGCUGCUCCUCCCCCGGCUUACACUCCGAACCCGUACAAUUAUGGAUGGGUUCCAUCAACGACCGUUUUCCCGGAUCAGCCCGCCCCUAACUCGAUCUAUAUGCAUGAUAGUCCACCGCCAUAUCCUGGCAUAAUUGCUAACAAUCCACAACCGUAUCCACAACAAGGCUAUCCGCAACAGGGUUAUCCGCAGCAAGGCUAUCCACAACAGAAUGGUUAUCCUCAACCACCACAACAAUUUGGCUAUCCGGUGCAAAACGGAGCUCAAGGUUAUGGUUUUGUUAAUUUACCACCACCAUCGGAUAAUCCAAGUGGAGCAGCGGGCUUUACCCAGCCACAGGCUCCUGCAAACUCGAAAGAAGCUGAGGCAGCUCAAAGUGCCUAUUACGACCCAAAUAGACCGCAAACCGCCUAUGUACCAUCACAAACAUACUAUGAACCUCCACCAAGCUACAGUUCAUUGAACAAAAAGGAACAGUAACUGUGUACUAUACGAUAUGUUUUGCAAAUAUCCAGCGCAUUAUGAUUCUUUCUAAGUAACAAAUCGAGAGUUGUUGAAAUAUCCUUCAUUCCUGCACGCUUCUGGCAAUAAAGUGUUGGGUAAUAUAUAAUCGCACUACUAUAAUUUUAAAUAAUGUCAAAAUAAAUAAUGUCAAAUGUUA